UUUCUCAGUUUUUUCAUAGUGAUUGAUACAAUUAUCUAUUCUAAUUUCAUUAAAUUAUUAGGAUGGGGUUUAACGGAAUAUGCCGGCCGUGAAUCGAAAACGCUACAAAAAGUGGAUUUAAAUAUAAUAUCUCUUCAAGAAUGCAGCAAUACUUAUCCUGCUGUAACCAACGGUAACAUAUGUACUUAUACUCCGAAAAAGGAUACUUGUCAGAGGGACAGUGGUGGACCUCUUCUAUGGCAGAAUCCUAACACGAAGAGGCUUGUUUUGGCUGGCAUUAUAGUUGGCGGUACAGGAUGUGCUUCAGAUGAGCCUGCUAUAAAUACACGUACAGGAGCUUACAUAGACUGGAUACUAUCCGUAACAUCUGAUGCACGCUAUUGCGAUAUUGAGUGAGCUCUGCAUUAAAAAGAAGAAUCGUUUUAUUAUUGUUUUAUAUAAGAUUACGAAUCAAUUUGGCGCUUUAUUUAUAUUGCACUUUUACAAAAAAUAUACAUACAUAUAUAUAUAACGUAUUCUGGAUUAUAUCUGCAAAUUUGUAUAUCUGUGUAAAAACAUAUGCACACAUAAGUAUGUAUUGAUCGUGUAUGUAUAUGUAGUUGUAUUUAGAUACGCGUAAUCGUAUAUUAUAUAUACAUAUACAAAUGUGUAUGUAUUAUCAAGUUAAAUUAUAUUUACUUUCAG